AUGGUUGGCACUUGUAUAGAAGAGAUCGAGCAAAAAAUUAGGAACCAGGCAAUUAGGAAUAGCAUACGAACAAAGGAAUAUUUUGUCGAUUUUGAUCGUCUGCGUUACGGCUAUGUUACAUGUUCUCAGUUUUUCAGAAUAAUUUGUCAAAAUUUUGGCCUGACAUUUACAACUGAAGAGGAAGGGAUGUUAAUUGAGAAGUACAGGUGCGCACAAAACGGUAUGUUCAACUACAAGUACUUUUGUGAGGAAAUUGAUGGUGUAUUCGAUCCUAACAAAUUUUCCAUCGACCCUGCCUGCCAGCUACCUAGCCACAGAAAAAUUUGUAGUCCCAUAUGGAAUUUCGGAUUAGAAGAGAAACUUUUUGAAAUCCUGAAAAAACUUUCUGAUUACUACGAACGCAGAGGUGUCACAAUAAAGACCCUAUGCAACGAUUUUGAUGAGAGAAACGAGGGUCUCAUCAGUGAAACUCAGUUUUACAGGAGCAUAAUACACCCGCUGAACUUUUCCGAAAAAGAAAUUAUGAUACUGUCACAGAAAUACCAAGAUCAGAAAUUUCCAGGUAUGAUAAGAUACAUGGAGAUGGAAAAUGACAUGAAAAGACUUGAAAAAUGCCCGAGUGAUAAUAGGAAUGGACAUAGGAACAUCUUAUGCUGCAAAACUGAAGAAUUAAAUUGCAAAGACCUCAAAUCGAUAAUGGACGAGUUGUGCAGGGUUGUGUACAAAGCGCGCGUACGUUCUGUGGAAUUUUUUAAAGAUUAUGACCCCUUGAGAUCAGGCCUGAUUACUGUAACCCAGUUUUUGGCCGGUCUCGACGCGUGCUUAGGUAAGGAAGUUGACCUUUCAGAAGAGGUCAAGUGCAUCAUUUUCCGGGGGUUCGAGGUUGAGGAUAAGAGGAUUUGUUAUCGGGAUUUCUGCAAUAUCCUGGAUUCUGCUUUCAUGGAGCCGAACCUGGAGAAGACGCCAACGAAGGAUGUCUUUGUUCCGCCCCCUGAAGCUUUUGGAAGGAGAAUGAACGAUUUGGCAGUUGAAGAUGAAGAAAAAUUAUCCAUAGUUAUUAAGAAGAUUCAGAAAGAUAUGGACGUUUACAGGGUGCCUAUUGAAACCUUUUUCAAAAAUUUUGAAACGAGUAAAAACAGCCGCCUGGUAACGAAAACUCAGUUCAGACGCGUUCUAUCUCAGUGUCAAAUCAACAUUCAUCCGUCUGAUUUCGAACUGCUCUGCAAGAAAUUCGCAUACCCAGUCCCGGACUACAUAAACAUCCCGGCUUCCAUGGAACUGGUUGAUCCGUGUAAAAUUGUCAGAAUUUUAAAACAAAGAAACUCCGAGAAAAAUGCGAAAAACAUAUUGUCUGCGGAUUUUAAUAAUAAUUGUAACAAUAAUAAUGGAAUCACCGGCAACACCAACCGUAAAGAACCGAUAGACGUUGGAUGCCUGAUGGACAAAUUGCGAAACCAUAUCAUCCUAAUGAGCAUUCGGACGAACGAUUAUUUCCUAGACUUCGAUCCGUUGAGAUCCGGCCGUAUCUCAAAGACUCAGUUUCACAGGGUGCUUGCAUUCAUGGGGCUGAGCAGCAUCAGGCUGGGUUUGAACUUCGACCUCGAUGAGAUGAACGCCCUCUCCGAUCAUUACGAAUCAAAAGUUGACUGUAAUGCCGUCGAUUACCGACAGUUCGUUUACGAUUUGGAAAAAGGUUACGCCGACAAACACCUCGACAAAGCUCCAUCUUUGAGGAUGAUUCCCUACUCGGAUUUACUGUGCAAAAAAUCAGGAACUAUAGAAAGGGAGAGUUUCUCAGAGGAGCAGAAGUUGAGGCACGAUAGAGCCAUGUGCAAGAUCGCCUCGAAAAUAUACUCCAGGAACAUCGAUUUGCUGCAAAUUUUUAGAAACUUCGAUAAGCUGAGACACGGACAUCUAAACAGAUUCAAAUUCCGCCAGGCACUGGGAAUUGCGGAUCUAUUUUGUCCGGAUGAGUUGGACAUGACAGCCAUGGAAGCGGCGUUCUACGACGACGAAGGAGUCAACUACGUGGCGUUUCUCCAGAGUUUAUACGAGUUGAAACAUCAGGCUGACGUCAAUGAAGCUAACAAGGUCCUCUACUAUGAGAAGAUUAGAGAGAAGCAGAAGUUCGUCUCGGAAAAUGAGUGCUGCACUGACAAAAAUAUCGCAUCGGAUUUUCAAGCGCUCAUGCUCACUCUUAAGACGAAAUUAGCGAAACAGAACCUGCGAGUGAAAGAUUGGUUUAAAGAUUACGACAAGUUGAACACGGGCUACGUUACUAAAUCAAAUUUCAGGAGAUCACUCGAUCAGUUCAGAUUCGAAAUUAAAGAAUUAGAAUCAUGUUUGUUAGAAGACCAUUACAAGUGUCCAAGCGAUCCGAACAAAAUAAAUUACGUAGAUUUCAGCAACGAACUGGAGUCCAUAUUCGCUUGCCCAAAUCUGGAGAAGACGCCGACGAAAGAAUGCGAACCAUUUAGCGUGCCAGGGAGGUGCGAUUUGGUGACCUUAACUGAGGAAGAAGAACAAUUGUUGGCUUGCUGCCUGCAAAAACUACUUAAUAUGCAAACAAAUACACCAAAAACAAAUUGUCCGCCCACCCAGUACAAAGCUAUCCAUCCCUCCUUUUACCCAUUCCUGCGGGAUUUCGAUAAAGUCAACGUCGGUGCCGUUUCCAAGACUCAAUUCCGGAGAGCCCUGGACGAAUUGGGAUUGGGGUCGGAGAUUAACAAUGAGGCCGCCUGGAAUGUUAUUUUUAAAAAAUUUGCUAUACCUAUCGGCAGUAGGGAAGAUGUUGAUUACUUUACUUUUGGUAUUUGGCUGGAUAGGGCCUACAAAGAAAAAUCGACUUCGACAUCCAAAGUUGAUGACUAA